GCACCAACACCCGGUCCACGGAGGUGGCGUGGACCAGCGCCACUUGCAAUCGCGACGCCUCCACCCCGGACGCGAUUGCUCCCCGUCGGCCGGCCUCCUCGCCGUCGCCGCCGCCUCGUCUCCGGCUCGGGGUGGGGGGAGCCUCUCAGAUGGCGGCGAACGCGGCAAAGAAGCAGAGGCCGGAGGAAGAGGCGGAGGAGGAGAUGCACCUGGCGUUCCGGGGCGCCGCGAACGCGCUGUCCCAGGUGUACACGCAUGCGGUCGCGCACCAGAAGGCGUCCUUCCUCGCAGGCGAACGCCGGGCCAUGGAAAAUAUCUACCAGUGGUUGUCCAGUCAGCAUGAAGAAGCUAAAGAGAUGCCUGUUGCAGAUGUACUUACAUUCUUGCAGAAUGAGAUUGAGCCCCGCACAGAGGAAGCCCUAGCAUCUCCACAGCAUGCAGGCCCACAGCCAGCAUAUAAUGUCGCUGCUGCAAAUGUUCAGGGCAAUCCCUUCUCAUUUGGAAACAUUGCUGCUGCACUUGACUCUCGGAUGGAUGAAACUGACCAGACAAGAAACAGCGGCAUCUCAAAUGCUCUUCCCUGCCCUUUACGGCAAAAUUUCCCCUCGAAUUAUUUGAGUCAGCCUUCAGGGUAUGGUCCUAUGAACUCAUUGCCUAACGUCAAUGGGCCACGGAACCACUCAUUACAAAAUCAGGACUCCAUGCGUUACAAUUUGUGAGGCCGCUGUGUUUAUGCAUUAUGAUGGUCAUUGAAGGUGAGAACCAUGUGAAGAUUUGAUAGUUCUUUAUCUCGGUCCAUUCAAGUAUUCACAAUCUGGUCUUCACUGGCUGGAGCCUUUAGAGUCUCAUAUUUGUUGGCUGAGGGAACCCCAUCUAUUUGUGAUGAUGUGUUUGUCAUCUAUGAGUUGGUUGUCACCAGCGAUGUGUCUUUGUGCAAAGCUCCUGGGAAAUAGAAUUACAAAAUUGUGGACAGAAUGUACACGGCACAAGUCCUUUUUAAGGACUAAUAUGUUGAUUGCCAGAUUGGAAGCAGCAUACUGGUUGGUUACUGCCGCCUUCAGUACAAGACUUUUCCUUGUGUACGAAUUGUAAAGCUCUAUCGAACAGACGUGCAAAGUCAUGUUCUGAUUAUGAGUAGUUUGGGCGGUGGUUUUUUCUUUGUGAAUUCUCGUUGCUGCAUUUGUGCGCUAGUAUUGUUUCAUUAUUUUUUUUUCAACUUCAUGGAUUUUGACCACGAAGUCUUGUACCUUUUUUUAUUUCAAAGAGUUAACCAGGAAAA